AUGCUCGGGAUCCCUGGGAGAACUCUGCUGCUGGAAAUGAACACCACGCCUCCAGGAUCCUUCCUCACGACGGGCACGCCAUCCGGGGCUGGGACUCCUGCUUCGUGGUGGACGGAACUCGGGAGACUGGCCUGUACGUUGUGGGGUGCGCGCAGCGAGAUUACCAGGGGGGGAAACAGCUCCGCGCUCGGGCGAGCGACCCUGACGUCUCUGCAUUGCCCACCUUCCUUGACAGCCAGGCUCACCGCAGGUGCACUCACAACGUCCCCCAAAACCAGACCGGCGCCCCACGAACUGCCUCUGGCCCAUAUCACUAACCGCAUGGAGGAGAGCAAAGCCUUGUUCAAAACCAUCAUCAACUACCCCUGGUUCCAGCGCUCGUCCGUGAUUCUGUUCCUCAACAAGACAGACAUCCUGAAGGAGAAGAUCCUGUACUCUCACAUUGCCACAUACUUCCCAGAGUUCACCGGUCCGCAGAAGGACGUAGAAUCUGCCCAAAACUUCAUCCUGAAAAUGUACCAGGAUCAAAACCCGGACAAAGAGAAGACGCUGUACCAUCACUUCACCUGCGCCACCGACACAGAGAACAUCCGCUUUGUGUUUGUGGCCGUCAAAGACACCAUCCUGCGCCACAACCUGCGGGAGUUCAACCUGGUGUGA